AUUGGCGUCGUAUAAGAAAACAUAUAAAAAUCUACUACUUAUUUUUGACAAAACAUUUUAAAAACAUAUCAAUCUAUCUUCCACCAUAAAAAGAACAAGCAUUGGUUAAUUAUCGAUGGUUUAAAAAUAUAUAACAUGUGAACCACCCUACACAGAAGAACAUUGCGAAUUCUUGCCGCCGCAAAAAAAAUCGUUCCGCUUUGUCGUUUGUCUUGGCGGUUUAUAAAGGUAAACAAAACUACUCAUAGGCAUACCUUUGGAAGGACGGUUAAUAUCCAAAUCCAAAUAAAUAGAAAUGUCCGCCCACAAGUAUGAGAAUCUCUCACAGAAAUUCCUGGUAAAAUCGUUCGAUUACCAAAGGCAAUUCUUCCAUUUGUAUUCGCAUCGAUUGACAGAAAUGUCUGCGUUGCUAGCCAAACGGGCUGAGGAACAUUGGGGUAAGUCUGUGCCCAUCAAGAAACUCUGUGAUCUACGCGAAGAAGAUGAAGAAGAAUGCAUUAUUAUUGGUACAAUUUACAAACAUCAGGAACAUAAGCCAAGUAUAUUGAAGGAAAUAUCGGAGGAGAAUCAAUUAGCACCACAACCGGCUAGACAACAUUAUUCCGAUCCUGAAGAUAAAGUAAUAUUGGAAGAUGAGUUGCAACGUGUACGUCUACAUGGUAAGGUACGGUGUGAAGAAAUGGCCACUGGCGUUGUUUGUGCCGUUAUGGGCUUAAUUGAAGAAGACGGUCGUUUCGAUGUCCAGGACAUUCUAUUUUAUGAAGGAGGUAUCCAAAGACCAUUGCCAAAGAAGGGGAAAAACCGUCUGCUUGUUUUAUUAUCCGGUUUAGAUCAAGUUAAUUCCCAUAAUUUUGUUGAUUCAUUGAAUCUUUUUCAAUAUUGGCUACGCGGUAGUUUACUCAAGGCUGGAGAACCGAGAAAGAUGCGUGUUAUAAUUGCUGGAAAUUCAGUAAAAAGUAGCGAAGAAAAACGCUUGCCUUCCUUACAGUCUCGACCCAAUGAAUCCAAAGAUGUUGUCGAUGCCAUGCAUGCAUUAGACGAAUGGUUUGCAGCUUGGUCUAGUUCCAUAAAUCUUGAUGUUAUGCCUGGCGCCUAUGAUCCAGCAAAUUUUAUGAUGCCACAACAACCAUUCCACAGCUGCAUGUUUCCCAAGGCUGCCAAGCAUGAAAACUUUCAAAGUGUUUCAAAUCCUUAUGUUUGUUCAGUGGACGAUGCCCUUGUUAUGGGUACUGCUGGCCAGAAUGUUAAUGACAUGUUAAGGAAUACUGGUCUCGAGAAACCAUUGGAAGCCUUACGUUGCACACUUAAAUGGGGUCACUUAGCUCCCACGGCUCCCGACACAUUGGCAUGUUAUCCAUAUUUGGAUUGUGAUCCUUUUGUUAUUAGAGACUGUCCACAUGUCUAUUUUGUCGGUAAUUGUGACGAGUUUUCGACUCAGCUCCAUGAAGGUUCACAAGGCCAGAAAACCCGAUUGGUGUGUGUGCCAAGAUUUGCCGAAACCCAAAGUAUUGUUGUGGUGAAUUUGGAAAAUCUAGAUUGCCAUGAAGUUUGUUUUGAUUGUAAUGGCGAGUAAAAUAUGAGAAAAUAAAUAAAAAAAUAUUGUUUUACUUAAAUGUAA